GCUCGGCUCUUCUUCCGCAGAGUAUCGCACAGCAGCAGUCAGCGCGCCACACUGCUGGGAGGAUGGAUGGAGCGGGCUCGUUCGGAGCGGGCCGAGCCGGUUCGGCCUUUGAUCUGACUGCGUUCAUCAAACAGCCACAGACAAUCCUAAGAGUCCUCGCAUGGAUCUUCUCCAUGGUGGUCUUUGCUUCUAUAAUAAAUGAGGGCUAUGUGAAUAUGGGAAGCGAGCGACUGCACUGUGUCUUUAAUAAGAACGCAGAUGCCUGUAACUAUGGCAUCACUGUAGGAAUUAUGGCUUUCUUAGCAAGCAUCUUCUUCCUGGCCCUGGACAUCUAUUUUCCCCAGAUCAGCAGUGUCAAAGACAGAAAGAGAGCAGUGCUGUUGGAGAUGGUUUUUUCAGGAUUCUGGACGUUCCUUUGGUUUGUAGGAUUCUGCUUUUUGGCCAGUCAGUGGAGUCAUACGUCCCCUAAGGAGCUGCCGCUGGAGCAGGCGUCAGACGCAGCACGCGCAGCUAUUGCCUUCUCUUUUUUCUCAAUCCUGACCUGGGCGGGGCUUACGGUGUGCGCUGUUCAGAGGUUCCUGCUCGGUACUGACUUGACACUGUUCACCACCGAGCACAUGGGCGACCUGCCGCCCAAGCAGCCGUACCCCUCCAACGAUGUAAUUGGUCAGACCACCAUCCCUGUCAACGCUUACCAGAGUCCACCGCUCAUCGAAACCGUGGAGACCCGCCCCCCUGGAUACAAGAUUCCACCUGCAUUUUAAUCCACAACCAAUGAGAAGGCAAGGAAUAUAGCAACGCUAAAGGACAUAGACUGCCGUCAAUGUUAGCUAAAUGUAAAUGUAUCGUAUGUGGUUUCAGUAGCAGGGUGGCGAAGGGAUGAAGCUCGCCUCUGUAGUCCACACUAUAAUACAGCCUGGUAAUGUAGUCUCACUUUAAAGCAAAGAUGGAUGUUUUGGGUUGAUUGUCAUUUCCUUCCCAAACCUUUUACAUUCAGCUAAAAAAGAAUUGUCAAAAUCCCCAUGUGCUACUUGUUUAGUAAAGCAAUUUAUUAUUAUUACUUGUUUAAAGAAAUUUAAAAUAAUUAAAGGUGCACUAAGUAUUGGCUGUGGCAUCAUGCAAAAGCAGAAGUGUUUUGGUGACUGAAUAAUGGCAGAGUAUUUUAAUCACUUUAAUAUCGGUAAUUCGGAAAAAGUGCAUCUAAAUUAUGACUGGUUUUGGGCCAGUGCUUAUAAAAAAUAUUUUACAUCAAUUAAAAAAAAAGGUAAGUCGAUUAAAAUCUAAAUAUUACAUGAAAAACUUAAAAACGUAAAUGAAUAUUUGAGAUGUUGCCUUCACAACUAACUGGAAAAAAACGACGUACCAAAGUUACUAAAACAGAAAACAACUGAAAUAAAAAAUUUAUUCCAGCUAUAUAGAAAUAAUAAUAAUAGAAUAAACUAUAAAAAAUUAAAAAAGCACAAUUUUUUUUUAUAACACUAAACACUGUUUUUGGCAAUUUUUUUUUUUUUUUUUUAGGAGUGGCGUCAUAUUUCACAUACAAAAUUGUAAACAUAUUUGACAAAAAUACUAUUCAUUUCUUUCAGGGUAUUUUUAAAAAAAAAUGGCAAACGUUACUUAAUGCACCUUUAAGUUUAGUAAAGAUUUUUUUUAUAUAUAUGUAUUUUUCUUAGUUUCUGAUUAUGUAUUAGUUCUGAUUUGUAUUAGUUUCUGAUUAUCAAAUAAUACCACCUUGGUACAGCUGACUGUCAGCCUUUCCAAACGGUACAUGACAUCAAUGUUUACUGCAGUUAAAUCAGUUCUGUCCAUGUCAUUUGUGUCAAAAUCUGUUUUUGUUAAGAGAGAAUUAGUACAUUUGGUUUAAAAGUACUCAAAGUAUGACACUAUAAAGAGAGUGAGUGAGAAGUAUUGAGAAAUGGUGAAGAGAAUGAGUAAAUGUGUGUGUGUGUGUGUGUGAUGGACUUUAGCAGUCAGAGAUGUUCCGGAUGAGAUAAUAGAGAUUACUGGAACAAACUGUUUACUUUAACAUGCAUACUUUGGAUAUAUAUAUGUGUGUGUGUGGAUGGAAAUGUGUGUGCUUGCUCUAAUUCUGUCUAAUUGCAUGAUAUGGUAAAAGGCCACACAGUCCCACAGAAGCAGAGAUGUAGUUGUUAUAUUUUGUCAAUGGAAGAAAUUACAGUGGUUAUUAAAGUCUUUAAGGUGACAUAUACAGUACUAUGAGGUCCUGAAUAAAGAUGAACCAUUAGAGUGAA